AGUCAAGUAGUACUAAACACGCGCCUGCUGUCCAAGGCGCAUCCGGGAGUGUCGCAGUACAUCUAUUCGUUCCUGGUUGCCAUGGCAACGUCGCGCACGGUGCAGGAUGCGACCGAUAUGCUGCUCACAGCCGAAGUGUUUAGAGCGGAGAGUGCCACUCUGUUGCCCCCAUCUGUGGCCCGGCCCUCGGCCCAGAAGUCCAAUUUAUUGGCCAG